GACACGGAGGACACAGAAAACCCAGUAUCACCUUCUGCUGAGAGCCAGGCCGGAGACGGAUGCUGAGAACAGGAAGGGUGUGCGAGGACUCCUCUGGCUUCUCCCUUGCUUCUUACUGUUGCGGAUACCAAGUGCCCAGUCCCGAGGACCCAUGACAAUGGAGGCUCUCCCCAAGGCCCUGGAGGUCGAUGAGAAGUCUCCAGAAUUCAAAGACCUGCUGCCCAGCCAGACGGCCAGCUCCCUGUGCAUCAGCUCCAGAAGUGAGUCCGUCUGGACCGCCACCCCCCGGAGUAAAUGGGAAAUCUACCGCAAACCCAUCAUUAUCAUGUCAGUGGGAGGCGCCAUCCUCCUCUUCGGCGUGGUCAUCACCUGCUUGGCCUACACCCUGAAGCUGGGUGACAACAGCCUUAAGGUCCUUAAGAUGACAGGGCCUGCCUUCCUGUCCCUGGGACUCAUGAUGCUGGUGUGCGGGCUGGUGUGGGUGCCCAUCAUCAAAAAGAAACAGAAGCAGAAACAGAAGUCAGUUUUCUUCCAGACUCUCAAGUCCUUCUUCCUGAAUCGCUGAUGGUGGCCUCGCCUUCUGCUCUCCCCGUCACCCUGCUGCCUCAACCAGGAGGAGAUCUGACAACACCCAACAUCCCCAUCUUCUUGGUGGUGGUGGUGGUGGUGGUGGUGG